AUGCAUGGGAAAUUAGGCUUGGUUUGGACACACAAUCGGAAGGAAAAUAAGCGGCGUAAAGCCACCGAGGAUCUACUGGACGAGAUGGCCGCCGAUCCACCCUCGGACGGGAUUAUCGCGGUUUGUCUGGCUGCCGUGAGCGCCAAGCCUGAACCAGGACACUUGGCAGCUCCUCUGGCAUACAGUGCUCCCCUGCUAGCCCCCGUCUAUCAGCAAGGAGUGCUUAGAACCGGUUACAGCCAAGUAGUUGGACGCAGCUAUGCUCCAAAUAUCCUAACUGCAUCACCUCCGAUCACAUAUGCUGCCCCAGUAGCUGAACCGGUAGUGGGACCAGUUUUUCGAGCAGCACCUGUGGUCACACCAGUUCUGCCACCAUUUGCAUACAAUGCUGCUCCGGUUGGCGCUACCCCUGUUAUUGCAAAGGCUGCAGCUCCGGCUAUUUCCUAUGCAGCCCCAGUUGUGCCUUAUGCAACACCGGCUGUGUCCUACGCAGCUCCAGCUAUUUCCUACGCAGCUCCAGCCGUUUCUUAUGCAACCCCGGCUGUGCCCUACGCUGCUCCAGCCAUUACCUACGCAUCUCCGGCAAUUUCCUACGCAGCUCCAUCGGCCGCAGUACCUUUCGCUCCAGCACCAGUCGUCGCCAGAACACCGGUGGCUCCCUUCCCAGCUGUAGCUCCCUUCCCAGCCGUGGCACCCUUCCCAGCCGUGACCAGAACACCUAUCGAUGAUGCCCUGCUCCCUAAUGCGGACCGUCCCCUGCCUAACAAUGCAGCACCGGUCGACAGCGAGGUACAGCAGCCGGCGGUUGCCGAUGCGUUUGCCGCUAGAUUAACAGCCGCCCCUGCUCGCAAUGCGGCUCAGUCAGCUCGAGUAGCGACAACCUAUGGAGCUCCGCCAGCUACCAAAGCCUCCAAUAACCAAUAA